AUGAAGGCCGGCAGCCGCAAGUCGCCAGGAGGCCCCCCAAAGCGCCGCACCGCUUCACCCAGUGCGUCAGGUGCGGCGCAGAGAGAGAGGACGCCCAGCAGCAGGCAGCGUUUAGCAGCAGCAGCAGCUUCACCAGCAAAGGCGCAGCAGUCCCGUAGGACGAGGAGCCCUGUGUCUAGGUCCGCCGCACGUCAGCCGCAGAGCGGCGGCGGCAGUUCGAGGACACAGCGGAAACAGGUUGGGAGCCUCAGCCGCGGCAGCGUCGCGCGCAUCAUUCGUGUCCCCUCCCCGGAGCGGGAACCUUUGGUGCCGAAGCGGCGAGCGGGGAGUGCAUCACGGUCUCGGUUCACCAUUCGUAUCACGACGGAUGUGGCCCUCACGCGCAUACAGCGUUGGGUGCGCGCGAUGAUCUUCCGUCGGCGCACCAAACGUCGUGGUACACUCACCGCCUCCAUUAGCAAAGCACUUGAAGUGGAACAUUGUCUUUGGCAGCUGCGCGUCCGUAUGGCGAAGCGUGUUCUGAUUGAAGCGUUUACCGCGUACGCUUUGAGUCGCCGUGACGGCUCCGAGGUGAGACAACAAAUCCUACACGAGCACUCUGUCACAGUUGUAAACAUGUUUAUGCGAACGAGAAUGGACGUGACAUUGGUGACCACAAAAAAGAAUGUUGUGCUUAAGGCCGCAGUAAGAAGAAUUGAAAAUGUAUGGACGCGGUGCCCCCGAUAUGAUUAUCUUCGUCAUCUCUCGGUAGCACAGAAGGCGCAGCGGCUUCUCAUCCAACAAGAAGACAUUGAGCGGCGUGACUGCAUUCGGCGACGGUGGGUUUUCCUUGUGGAGUGCCAUCAGUGCUGCUAUAACGACUCGUUGCUGAUGGACGCCGGCCUUGCGGUGCGGCACCUAGAGUCGUGGGAGCGUGUUGUGAUGGAUAGCGAUCAGGUGCUUGUUCCAACACCACAGCCGGAGACAAACCUGAAUAACGAAAAGAGAGAGGGUGCUUCUACUCGAAGAGAAUGCACGCGCACCACGACGCUUGUAGUGUCACGAUCUUGUCAAGCCUCGCUUCAACAUACGUCCCGUACUUCUUGUCAGCCACAGAAUUCAUAUCAGGUGAGUUGGCAUGCUGAAGGCCGCCAAGGGAUGAAUGCACAAAUGACUGAUGGAUCUGCUAGAGACCGUCGUUUUCUUCAGUCUGCCGAAUUGGCUUACCUCCAUGGUCUUCAAGAGGAAAAAGGUCAACUCGAUUUCCCCACCUCUCUGGGAGCGCGUCCAUGGCCGUUUGACUCUCCACCAAAAACCCUUGGCUGUGUUGUGAGUACGAUGUGUUCGCCGCGUUUGCGGGAUACGGAAAAUACCUCAGGGCUUGUCCCCAGCCGUUUCAUUUGGUUAGGUGCUGCACUUCUGCGUGAAUCCUUGCAGUCGUUGCCGCUCUUUAACGAGUUCAGAGCGAGGCUCAAGGCGCGCCACUGGGCGAGAGAAGAGGAUCGAAUGACAACAUUUGUUUCAGGCAGCGAGGCGGAUUCCUCCAUUGAGCGUUUUUUUUGCCCACCAACUCGCAGAAAGGGCCGAAAGGCGGCAGUGGCUUCACAGGACUACAGUGUAAGCGCUAGCACUAUGGGAAAGACAUGGACGGACUUUUAUCGUUCCAUGACCUUUAACAGAGACCCAACAAGGUUGCACUACCGUCGCGUGAGUGACGUCCUCUUCUCUCUUACUUCCACGUCUACGAUAGAUCGCCGGGGUGGAGGGCAUUUCUGCUCCCGUAAUGGGAAACGUGUGUCUCUGCAUACACUUGUGGGGUCGGGGCUUACCACACCAUCAUCGACCAAAUCCCACGGACAGAAAUCUGCCAAUACAGGCAGUGUGUCUACAUUCUCACCACCGACGAAAAUGCUGGGGAGUGAGUUCGACAUCAAGUACGAGGUUGAGCGUCUUCUUAUACGGGAACACAGCCGUCGCCUGAGCAUGGAGGACGGAUACAUGGCUGAGGUCACUGCACUGGAAUGGCUCAUUCAGCGCGAUCAAAUGAAUGCGGUGAAGACUGAAAUUAUGAAGGUGAACGAUGAUGGGGGCAUUCUUCGCACAGCUAGGAAUGUUGCGCCUCUGAAUCCAUCGUCGUGUGCUGUACGUUGA